AACGAAAAGAACAGAUCAAUCUUAAAUCUCCAAAAUCAUGGCUACCCUUCAAGCUUCAACCUUAUGGAAUUCAUCAUCAGCAACGGCGGCGGCGGGGGGCUCGACUACCCGGAGAAAGACAAUAAACGCCGCCUUGAAUUUCCCGAAAAUCCAUAAAACCAAUCUCUCUCUCUCCCUUCCGAUCCUCCGAACAAGAAGAUUCAUGGAGGAAAUCGAGUUCGGAAGCGGGUACACGACCAAAACCUCGGACCCGUCCGAGAAGAAGCCAGCAGAUCCAUUGGUCGUCGCUAAGCUUUACGCGAUCUUGGAGGCGGUGGCGGAUAGGGCGGAGAUGCACAGCAACGUUUGUGAGCAGAGAAAUAACUGGAACAGCCUGCUAUUAACCUCCGUCAACGGCCUCAUUCUCGCCGCCGCUACUAUGGCGGGAAUCUCGGCCGCCGGGCCGGCGUUACCCGCGCUUAAACUGUCGUCCACUUUGCUCUACUUAUCCGCGACGGGGAUGCUGGUGGUUAUGAACAAAAUUCAGCCGUCACAGCUGGCGGAAGAGCAGCGGAACGCGGCGAGGCUGUUCAGGAAUCUCCAUAGCCAAAUCCAAACAACCUUAUCCGCCGGCCACCCCACAAACGGCGACGUUUCAGAAGCCAUGCAGAGAGUUUUGGCGCUUGAUAAGGCCUACCCUCUCCCCCUCCUCGGCGCCAUGCUCGAGAAGUUCCCGGCCGCCGUCGCGCCGGCCGUGUGGUGGCCGGAUCAGCCGCGCCGGCAGCCAACCCAAAUCCGCGGGACCGGUAACGAUUGGAACGGGGAAUUAGAGGAAGACAUGAGAGAAGUAAUCAAAGUGAUGAAGAUAAAAGACAGAGAAGACUAUUUACGCCUGGGAAAGAAAGCCUUGAAACUGAACAAAGCUCUCGCCAUCUCAGGGCCGGUACUAACCGGCCUAGCCGCCGUUGGAGCGUCAUUAGCAGGGCCCUCCGCCUCUUGGGCGGCGGCGGUCGUGGGAGUGGCCGCCGGAGCAUUAGCCGCCGUCGUUAACACGUUACAGCACGGCGGACAAGUGGGGAUGGUGUUCGAGAUGUAUCGCAGCAAUGCGGGUUUCUUUAAGCUGGUUCAAGACUCCAUUGAUUCAAACAUUGAAGAAAAAGAUUUGCAGAGAAGAGAAAACGGGGAAUUGUUUGAAAUGAAGGUGGCGUUGAAGCUGGGAAGGAGUCUGUCGGAGCUCAAAGAUCUUGCUGCCAAAUCACGAUCGCUGCAGAAUAAUGAAGAGAUUGACGAAUUCGCAAGCAAGCUUUUCUGAGAUAUAUAUAUGACAUUCAAUUCAUUCAUUCAUUCUUUAAUUUGUACCAAUGAUGGAUAUCAUAACCCUAUUAAUUGUACAUUAAAAAUUGAAAUUAUUAUAAUUAAUGAUUUUUAAACUUUA